CCCAGAGAAGGAUGUCGAACGGUGAACACAAUGGGGGUAUGUUUUACGCUCCGUUGGGCCCCUACCCGGGGAGGGCCACUGUCGUGGAGCCUAGCUCCUCUACAAGGAGACCCUUGCACCCAAUUCCUCGUCAGAGGAAGUAAGCCUCCACGGCUAGUGGCCCACGGAAACGGAGUGCCAGCGGAGUGGCUUUCUAACACCGUAGGGUUAAUCUUUGUGGUAUAUCAACUACUUCAGAGACUAAAUGUGAUACAAUAUAUAAAUAUAUCGGCCAGUCUGCCACAAAUUCCAAUCAUCAAGUGA